AUGCCCGCAGAUCACAAGGCCCACAAAGAAUGGCUGGGCGGAGUGAUUCGAGAAGUCGAUGAAAAUGCCCCUCUUCAUCCAGUGCUGGAAGAAUUUAAGACGUUGAUUGAAACAAACACUCGAGUGUAUAUGCUUUUGGGUUCUAUGUUCAAUGAAGUGCCCCGUCAGAAGAAAUACGGCCACGACCCAACCGGGAAUCCCGAGAUCCGUGACUAUUCUCACUUUCUGCAAGUCCUGAACCAUCUCCUCACUACUGCACCCUCAUGGACCGAUAAGUCCCACCGGGUCGGCUUGGUCGGAUUACCCAUCAAUGCCGUCCUCGACUGGCCAAUGGGCACGCCCAGCGGGUAUGCUGCCUUCCUCGAUCCCGAGAUCAACAAGCAAAUCAAGAAGAUCCUGAAUGUCUGGGGCGACUUCCUGCGAUCGCCUGCUUCAGCGGAUGUGCUCAGCGCUUCAAAGCACGGGUGGUUCGGCGAGACGGGUUUACGCGACCUGACAGCCGUUGCGAAGAUCGGACGUGUUGCGGCAACGAAUCUGAAAUUCGAAGAUAUGUUCGAAUGUGACCCCUCUGCACCGAAUCACGGAUUCAAGUCCUGGGAUCAUUUCUUCACUCGCGAAUUCAGGGACGGAGUUCGUCCUGUCGCAGAGCCGGAAAAUGGAAAGGUAAUUGCGAAUGCGUGUGAGUCCAGACCUUUCAAAACGGCGCAUCAUAUUCGCGCCCGAGAUAAGUUCUGGAUCAAGUCACAGCCUUAUUCUGUUCUUGACAUGCUGGGCCAUGACUCACUCGCCUCGGAGUUUGUUGGCGGGACUAUAUACCAGGCCUUCUUGAGUGCGCUGAGCUACCACCGUUGGCAUGCACCCGUGAGCGGCAAGAUUGUCAAGGCAUACGUCGUCGACGGGACCUACUAUUCCGAACCCUUGUUUGAAGGCGUCGGCAACCCCGAAGCACAAACCAAAGAGAUUGAUAUGGCGGGUCAAGUUACUUCGCAAGGAUACAUCACUUCGACCGCUACGCGUGCACUCAUUUUCAUUGAGGCGGACGAGCCGGCUAUUGGAUUGAUGGCCUUCGUUGGAGUUGGGAUGGCAGAAGUUUCCACCUGUGAAAUUACCGUGAAAGAGGGUCAGAGAGUUCAGAAGGGGGACCAAAUUGGCAUGUUCCACUUUGGGGGGUCUACUCAUUGUUUGGUUUUCCGAAAGGGUGUUGAUAUUUCUGGGUUCCCAGAGCCUGGGAUGGAAGACAACGUCCCGGUCGGAGGCGCGUUGGCGGUGGUCUCGUGA